AUGGGAUCCGCGACUCCCAUCGAAGACACCAUUCGCGCCAAGAUCACCGCGGCGCUCAAUCCCAUGACGCUGGAAAUUUACAACGACUCUCAUCUCCAUUCUCACCACAAGGCCAUGCAGGGCAGCACUUCCAAGGAGACUCAUUUCCGCCUCGUCAUCACAUCAGACGCCUUCAAGUCCAAGAUGCAGCCCGCCCGCCACAGAAUGAUUUACGCCCUGCUCAGUGAGGAAAUGGCCCGCGAGGGCGGCAUCCACGCCCUCCAGCUGCGUACCCUGACGCCCGAGGAGGAGGCCCGACAGCAGCAGAAAAAGGACCAAGAGGCCACCACCACAGCCGCCAAGGAAGCCGCCCCUAACGAUGAUGCAUGA